UCCAACAGGGACGGUCCACUCUCAACUUUCUAUGUCUUACUAAAAUUGCCGGCCGCUAAGUUUGUAUGAAAGGGUACUCAUGUGUUAAUCUGUCUUCCAUUUCUUGGAAGAUCCUCACCAGGUGGGUCACCACAUCGAAUCUUCUUCCUAUCAUUUUUUCUGAUUUAUGGAGUAAAUUCCUUACGGUACAAAACAGUCUCUUAAUCUCAAAUCCCCCAAUGAUCACAAGCCACGUAACGUUAAGACAAUUUAACUUAAUCACGCGCGGAACCACGUCGAAAGAGUUCCUUACGUUUCAAGAAGAGAAAACAGGGAAAUCCGAUUGCAAGAUGUGCUCACCCGCGGAGAACAAAACCUCCUGACGGCCUAAAAUUCACCAAUGUCGACGUGUCGUCUACGCGCCAUCCCCCCAUCGACAAGUCGUUGGGUCAGACCAGACAAAACAGUCAACCCUCCAACAUUAAAUCUCCCUAAGAACUUGACUCCAUUUCUAAAAACAUCACCUUAGCACCACUCUGCGACUCAACUCCAUCGGCAGAUCAUGGGGUUCACCACCCGGGCCCCAUCUCCAUCCCCGACACCCUCCCCAUCUCCCUCGUCAUCACUGCCACCGUCUUCAUCGUCAUCGUCAUCUACAUCAACAUCAUCAUCCUCAUCACCUCCUCCUUCAAAGCUUCCAGUUGAUUUCAGCCCAACGUUGAUCGCCAUGGUUGUGGUAGUUGGUGCAGCAUUUUUAAUCGUUACAUAUUCACGUCUCAUCUCCAAGAGGCUGGUCCCUCCAAUUCUCCGUCUACUCCACUUCUUCCGCUUUCGUAGCCGCCGCCGUCGUUACCUCCCAUCUACCACCACCGACCUCGACUCUCUUCCACCCUCUAAUCCCUUCGAACUUCCUCUUUCCCCUUAUGGCCUCGAUGAGUCUGCCAUCAAAUCCCUGCCUCUUUCCCUCUACACUUCAAAAACAAAACCCAACAACAGCCCCAAAGACUGUGCCGUUUGUUUGUUAGAGUUCGAAGACAAUGAAUACGUCCGAACACUCCCCGUUUGUUCCCAUGCCUUUCACGUGGAUUGCAUCGACGUUUGGUUGAAAUCACACGCUAAUUGCCCUCUUUGUAGAGCUGGAGUUUUCGCUACAGACUCUCCUUUUACUCCGUUAAUGGCAGCCAGAAUCCGUCCUAGCCUUGAUGACAAUCUUAUGUUCAACAGCACUAUGGAUUCCCUAAGGGAAACUCCUCUGCAGUCUCUUCCAAAUAACACCAUAACGGAAAUAACCGAAGAGCCAUCACCGAGAAGAGCGAAUGGGAAUGAUAAUUGUGAGGAAAGGUUUAAUUUUGUGUUGAAAAGGUCGUAUUCGUUUGGUUUCGAGAGGAGUUUAGCGGCGGAGAGGAUGGUAACGGAGCCCAACACGGCGUCGCCUUGGAGGUAUAGGAGAGGAGGGAAUGGGUUUUGGAGCAAAAGGGCGUCACCGUUUGGAUCGUUAAUGAUGAAACCGAGGGUUUUCUCUUUUAGGAAUUACAGAGGGAUGAAAGGUUCACCGUUUUUUCGACGAAGAGGGUUUUUCCCACUGUCGGAAUCAAGUGUUCGAUUUUCCGGAAAUAGCGGAGGCGGCUCGUCGAGGAGGAGUAAGUCAAUGGCAAGUCCCAUGUUUUUAAGAUCAGCGGCUUCGGGCGUGGCGGCUUUCUCUUCAAGCCGCCUCAGGUGCGGGGAUCCCGAGGCACUGCUGUCACCGGAGAGGUUUAAUAGAAGAUAAAAGGGGAAAAAAAAGAAAGAGAAAUCAUUGCUGGAAAAACAGUGGUACACGUGUAAGAUUGGAUAGAGAGAUCAACGGGGAAGUGACGGUAGUAGAUUUAGGUCCGGUGAAAUUAAUGGGAAACAUACAAAAGAGAGUUAAUGUCCGAAAGAGAGAGAGAAGGAGAGAGAGAGAGAGAGAGAGGGGAGAGGUUUCGGCAAUGGUAGAGAAGGCUCAUAAAUGCCGAGACGUUGGACUUCUUGGACGAAGGGUUCUUUAUAUCGUACGGCUCCAUUGUAACAAUGUCGAAUUAACCGAUGUUGGUUUGGCUAUGGUGCGGCUUUGGGGUUGAGUUGACUUGGGUUAGGUUUGGUGUUUUCUCUUUGUUCCACCGACGAGGUCCAUGUUGGAAUGCUGCGACCAUGCAUUUGAUACAAAGCCGAUCUCAAUUCUCAUGUGCUUGCCAUGUGGGGAUGACAAGCACCGCAUCUGGUUUUUUUAUGGAUAAGAUAGAAAGAGAGGGAGAACAAAUGGCAGCGGGUAGAGAGUAAUGAGUCAUUUGUUUUGUUAUGCUCAUUUAUGUACUCUGAUGAAGCAUGAAUGCUUGAUUUUGUCUAUUCAAUUUGGUUGUCACUCUUCUACUUCUAUGAAUUCAAUGGGGAUUAUACUUGGAAUUGAAGACAUUAAUUUCGGCUUUCAAAUCCCCUGCUCUAAUGCAUUUCCUACUGAUUCUUUCAUUGUUCUAUUAUUCAUUCCUAAAUAUUAAGAGGGAUUUAAGACAUUGUUUGUACCUUCUUUCUACCUUUUUUUCAUGUAACCAAUGGUAAUAGAUUGA